AUGCCAAAACGUUCCUUGGAAGAUAUGGAUGAAAAUGAAUUAGCUGAGAAAGUAGCUCAGCGAUGUUAUUCGUUAUUUUCGUCGUUACCUAAAACUGGAAAACCGACUGAACAUGAAUGGACUCAUUUAUCGUGUGUUGUAUGUGUCAACGAUGCUGGCCAAAUUGACGUUUUAUCAUUGGGUACUGGUACUAAAUGUUUAGGCAAAGAUCAACGAUGUUCAAAAGGUUUAUUAAUUCAAGAUCAACAUGCUGAAGUGAUAGCACGUCGAUGUUUUUUAAAAUAUUUGUAUAAACAAAUUGACUUAUUUAAAUCGAUCAAAAAAUCAGAUAUAAUUACAUCUGUCUGUGAACACAGCAAAAAGUUUGUUAUCAAUUCAUUAUUGAAAUUCUAUUUAUUCACUUCCCAUACACCAUGUGGUGAAGCUAGUAUAUUGACUGAUGAUGUAAAAAAAUGUAAAUUUAAUAAUCCAACGAAAUGUUUAUCAAAAGAAAAUGGUUUAUAUUUGAAACCGGGAAAAGGUUAUCAAACUGAUUCAUUAUCCUGUACAAAUAAAAUUAGACGAUGGUUACAGUUGGGUAUAGAAGGAUGUCUACUAUCUCAAUUAUUAUCAACACCGUUGUAUUUAGAUGGAAUUAUUAUUGGAAAAUGUUCAGCAAGAAACAUGGACACUUUAGAGUGCCUAUUUUCACCUUGUCAAAUUUUAUUUUCAAAUUCACAAUUUGAAUAUUCACCUGAAGCUGUUUCGGAAAAUAGUAAAUCAUGUUCAAAUUCGAUAGGAUGGAUUAGUGACGUUGAAUCAUUUGUAACAACUGAUGGAUACCUACUGGGAAAAACAAAAAAAGCAAGACUAGUAGAGAAACAUUCACCGCCAAUUUCGAAGUAUGCAUUAUUCAAAUCAUUUCUUCGUUUAAAACAGCUUAAUAAUUUUUCAACAUAUGCCGAAGCGAAAUUGGCCUGUAAAGACUAUAAUGUACGACGGCAACAAUUUAUGAUUAAAAAUCCAUCAUGGAUACAAACAAAUCCUCAACAAUAUUAUCAAAUUAAGAUUGAAGACGACGAAAAAUGA